AUGAUUGACUCGACCUCACGGAUUAAUUCUUUGCGAUAUUUACCAAAGACUCGACAAUAUCUUAUAGAAACUCUAGGAGCAGUGGAAAUGAUGGGAUACAACAAACUUGCAGAUAAUACAAUGGUUAACAUGGUACCGUUUCUGACUGGUGAUUACUAUGAAAACCAACCAUGCUUAAAGAGUAAACAUGGAGUGGAUAAUUGUUCCUUUAUUUGGCAAAAUUAUUCACAGUCGGGAUAUUUAACCCAUUUGGGAGAAGAUUGGCCAUGGGCUGGAACUUUUCAUUUCUCUCUUAAAGGAUUUAAACGCCAACCAACUGAUUAUGAUGACAGACCAUUCCAUGUAGCAAAUGAGAAAGGUUCUAAGUGGAUGACGGACACAUGCUUUCAUGGUAAGUCGUCAUAUGAAAUACUUCAUCAGAGAAUAUAUGACUUGGCGUACAAUUUACGGAAUAAACAUUAUUUUUCACUCUCAACUCAUUCUAGAAUGACUCAUAACUAUCUAGAAGCUCUCAGAAAUGUAGAUAACAUGACAUUAAACACAUUCAAAAAACUAUAUGAGAAUAAUCUACUCAAUAAUACAUUCCUAGCAUUCUUUGGAGAUCAUGGCAUGAGGUUUGGGAAAGUAAGGAUGACAUUUAUUGGUCAAUUGGAAGAGAGGCUUCCCAUGAUGUUUAUAUAUGUCCCAGAAUGGUUCAAAACAAAAUACAGUGGCUUAUUUGAUAAUCUUAAAACAAACUCGAGACGGCUCACGACACACUUUGAUAUGUUUUCGACUUUGCAGCAUUUGUUAAACCUUAAUAACGAAAGAACACAUAGAUAUGGGAAGUCAUUAUUUCAUGAGAUACCACGUGAGAGGACAUGUGAGGAUGCCGGAGUUCGUCCGCACUGGUGCACGUGUAAUUAUCAUUUAUCAGCUAUGGAUAAUAGUACAACAAGAAACAAUUUAGCCUCCAUUUUCAUUCAACAUUUAAAUACAUUGCUGAAAAAUCACACACAUAAAUGUUCAAAAUUAACCUUAAAGUCAAUAAUAUCCUCCAUUAAACUACUGUCCCGCAAAAUAGAGUAUAUAGAACACAGAGUAGUUAUUGAAGCGAAACCAGGAGAUGGCAUUUUUGAAGCAACUCUUAGAUGUGACAGAAACUGCUCGACUUAUAAUGUUAUCGGUGAUGUCAGUCGAGUAAAUAAAUAUGGAACAAGCACAAACUGCGUGAAAGACAAUACGUUGCGCAAAAUAUGUCACUGUAUAAAUACCGCCCAGCGAUGA